GAAGGUGGUCCGCAGCCGAAGAAGAAGCGCGACAGUUGGACCGCACGACAACUUCUCUGGCAAACAUAGCGGCGGACCAGAGUCCAAUUUGAAAGCGGCAUUUUAAGAGAAUGAGAUGACUCGAGCUCGGAACUAAUAGCAGUUCCAAACGACCUGUCGCGACACUCCACAUGGCAGCGCCUACGUUACCACAGCCAGGUCUCCUUCUGGUCACUCUCAAAGCAGACGCAGCCAACAAGCCGCUGGUCCAGAGAUGUCAGGAGCUAGUGAAGAUCAUCGAAGACUAUCCAGCAAAGGAGCUGCACAGCAUCUACUCCUGGCUGGUUGAAAGUGUGUUUGGAAGUCUGGAUGGACUUCUCGGAGGCUGGAACCUGCGACUCCUUCACUCCCGUUGCAGCGAGUACAAUGUGGUUCUGGACUUCCUCAAGCCUAGUGGUGCCAUGAUGAAGCUGGUCUACAAGCUGCAAGCAGAAGAAUACAAGUUCCAGAUCCCAGUAGACUAUCUGCCUGGUCCGGUGAAGGCCUGCAUCCAGCAGGGUGUGCUGCCUGACUGCCCACUCUUCCACAACAAGCUGCAGUUCCCCAUGUCGGGUCAGCUGACGCCCAACCUGGCGCUCAAUCCUUUUGAGUUCUUCAUGUUCCACUUGGCUUCCUGCCUCAUCACACCUAAGAACUCUCUUCAGAAGCAGCAGGGCAGCUCCACUGACAGCGCCUACUUUGUCCUGGUGGAAUCCUACCUGAAGUAUUUCCUCCCCAGUGAGGGAAAUGUUCCUCCUUCUCCAUAUUCGGACUCCAGAGGUUCCGUCACGGCUCCCUCGCCAAGGACUUCUGGUGUUUCCUUUGCGGGGUACGGCGUCCACAGUCCCAGUCUGCUGAAGCAGCACAUCUUCCAUCAACCGUUGGUCAACGCUGACCCUGUAGCCCAGGAGAUCUGGAGGACAGAGACCUUGCUGCAGAUGUUUGUGGAGGUCUGGCUUCACCACUAUUCGCUGGACGUCUACCAGAAGUUACAGUCACCUCAGGUCAAGCUGGCGCUGCUGCAGUACCGCCUCAGUAUGUCCAGCGUGCCGUGCCAAGCCCUCGGCCCACCAGGCUCUGGGACCCUCCACACCUACCAAGUACUUUUACCUUUUCACUCACCCCCGGCCCUCUGGGGCCUCCUGGAGGAGCCGUUCAGCCCGUCGGAGGAGCAUGUGCUGGUGGUCCGUCUGCUGGUCAAACAUCUGCACGCCUUCUCCAACAGCCUGAAGCCUGAGCAGCUAUCCCCUUCCCCCCACUCUCAUGCCCACGCCAGCCCACUGGAGGAGUUCAAGAGGGUGGUGGUCCAACGAUUUGUCCAGCAGAAACUCUACCUGUUCCUCCAGCACUGCUUUGGUCACUGGCCGUUGGACGCCUCCUUUAGAGCGGUCUUGGAGACGUGGCUGAGCUUCAUCCAGCCAUGGAGAUACACAGCCACGAAGAGCAGCACUGACGCAGAACCCAACAGAACCGUCACAGAUAAAUGGGAGUCCUUCGUCCAUGAGAACCUGCUGAUGUACACCAAGCUGUUCCAGGGCUUUCUGAACCGGGCCGCCCGGACCGACCUAGUCAACGGCAAAAAUGCCUUGAUGGUCUUCAGAGUGGCCAAAGUCUUCUCUCAGCCCAACCUGGCUGACAUGAUCCAGAAAGGAGAGCAGAUGUUCCUAGAGCCUGAAACGGUCCUUCACCACCGCCAGCCACGUGGCUACCUGACGCCUGGCCAGGGAGGCAGCUUUCUGUCGUCACGGCAACGUGUGGUGACCGACACGGUUUUCCGGGUGAAGAGCCAGGUGUACGCCCUGGAGGGUCAGGACUGCCAGUACUCCCAGAUGUUCGGAACCGAGACUCGAGCAGCGGUGGUCCGGUUGAUCCAGACUCUGGCUCAUGCCCGGCAAACGGCCAAGAAGAUCUCAGACCAUUCCAACGAGUCAGCUGCCAACACGUCCCUGCUGUCCUGGCUGGGACUGGGCCCAGCGGACCCCAACAGCACCUUCUGUCCAAGCGAGCCGGAGGAGAGCAGCGAGUGUCUGAAGAAGACCCACGAGCUGCUGGACCGGGCCUUGAAAAACCUUUGUCUGGUCUUCAAGGUGACUGAGGCUCAGCUGGCUCAGCUCACCGCCUGUGCUGAGUCCAGCCAUGACGACGAGAACCACAAGCAGCUGCCGGACUGUGUCAGCGGGGAGGACGGGCUGGUCCUCACAGACCUGGGCCGCUCUCAGAUCAUCAACGGGCUGCGCAGGUUCAAUAUCAGGUAUCGGGGUGACCCGGAGCUGCAGCCCAUCAGGAGCUAUGAGAGUGCAGUGCUGGUGCGUCUGCUUUACCGGAUCUCCUGUCUGCUCAACCAGAAGUUCGGCGAUCACAUGACAACGCUCUGCUCACGCUCUGACUUCCUUGGCCGACUCUCCCGCCAUUAUUUGACAGACUCCGCAUCUGGCCGCCGACUGAAGCUCAGCCCAGCCACGCGUCAGAAGUCCGACUGGUGUCGGCGGCCGCGAGUCAGUCUGCGAGUGCUGGGCAGCUACCGGACACUGCUGCUGCUGCUGCUCUUCUACCUGAUUGCCGCUGUUAUGUCACUGGGCCUCGCCUCCAGCACGCUGCUUGCCCUGUCCGCCGGGCUACUAUACGGAGUCGUGAUGACCCUGCUGGACGACAAACUGAAGACGCUCUGAUGAACAUGUGGAGAGACCAAAUACUUUCAUUCUCCGUGUACAGUUUUGUUUGUGCUUGUGCAGCGCUUGACUUUAACAAUAAAGAUCUCCAAACCAUUUUCUGUG